AUGGCGGAAGUGGGCGGAGUGUGUGCGGUGGUGGAGGACUCGAGCGGGGGCGACAUCGUGCUGGCCUUCGUCUACACCUCGGCGGCCGGACUAUCGACCGUGCUCGGCGGAAUGAUCCCGUUCUUCUUCAACGUCAACGAGAAGCGAUGGCUGGGCGCCGGCCUGGGCUUCGCCGCCGGCGUCAUGGUCUACCUCAGCUUCGUCGAGAUCCUCACCAAAUCGCACGCCUACUUCGUGUGCGUAGCCGGCGACGACGGCGCCUCCUGGCGCACUUCCCUCUGUUUCUUCUCCGGAAUGUUGAUUGCGCUGGGCUUGUCACAUGUGUCACACAAGCUGGAGGAUCUCCAGGAGAAGGUCACCUCGCUCUUUGGCGGCAAGGCGCUGAAGGACAAGGACAUCCGGACGUACGGGAGCAUCGUGAUUGAUGACGACAGCCAGGAGCACGACGUCUUCGAGGAGAACAGCUUCGUCGACGAGGUGGAACGCGAGGACGCCCGACGGCUCUCGAACAUGGGCCUGAUCACCGCGCUCGCUAUUUGCGUCCACAAUUUUCCCGAGGGCAUGAUGACGUUCGUGUCGACCCUCUCGAAUCCUUCCUUCGGUACGCCCGGCUCGACGCUGAGCGGGCUGGUCGUCACUCUGGCGAUCGCCAUUCACAACAUUCCAGAGGGCAUCUGCGUGGCCAUGCCCAUCUACUAUGCCACCCGUAGCAAGUGGCAAGGCGUGCUGUACUGCCUCAUCGCGGGCAUCUCGAUGCCCAUUGGCGCAUUUAUCGCCUGGGGCGCCGUUGGCGGCACCCUAAGCCCGAUCGUUUAUGCGAUCCUCUUCGGCUUGAUUGCGGGCAUCAUGGUCUUCAUCUCCGUGCGAGAGCUCAUCCCAACAGCACACCGCUACGACAAGAGCGAUGGGAUGGCCACCUACGCAAUGCUCUUCGGCAUGGCUCUCAUGGCCUUCUCCCUCUUCGCUCUCGGCGAGUGA